ACAGCAGUACACCAGAGGCAGGGAUGUUCAUUAUUUUCCUCAAAGUCUGAUCUCAGAGUUGUUCUUCUUGGAAAACUUGACCUUUGACCAGAUGGCAGUAACUUUUGAAGAUGUGACUGUUGAAUUUACUUGGGAUGAAUGGAAAUUCCUGGAUUCUUCUCAAAGAAAGCUCUACAGAGAAGUCAUGUGGGAGAACUACACAAAUGUCAUGUCCAUAGAAAAUUGGAAAGAAAACUGCAAAGCACAAGAACAAAGAGUUGGAUAUUUAGAACAUGAAAACAUUUCCUUUUGGCAAGGCUGGAGAAAUGCUAGCACUCAUAAAUAUGAGAAUCAGAAGUACGUGGAAACUGCACAUGAGGUGAAGUCCAAAGACAUAAAGCAGCAGGACCUUUCCCAACAUCAAGAGUGGUUAAAACUGUUCCAGGUACCAGGGUAUAGUGACUAUGAACUGAAUUUUGAAGGCAAAAGUCCCAGGAACUUAAAAUUUACAAAGUUUAUACCUUGGCAAUCCCUAGAAUUAAAACCCUCUCAAGACUAUGAUAGAGAAAUGUACGUGAAUAAUUCACAUGGUUUUCAAGGAAGUAGAUGUCAUGUUGGGAUAUCAUGGGAAAAUUUAACCAUGGAAAAAAAACAGAAGCUCAUAGUUAACCAUUCUUAUAUCCCAAUGGAGGAGGCCCUUCCAAACUAUAUUGGACAUAUAUGCCCAAAUGACCUACUGAAAGACUCUAUGGGAAGGAAAUAUUGUGCCUGUAAUAAAUGUAAAGAAAUAUAUUAUUGGAACUCACAGUGUCUUCUCCACAAAAAAAAUAAACUUGGAGAAAAGUUUUAUCAGUGUUCCGUCAGCACAAGGUGCUUCUCUCAGAGAUCAGACACAUAUAAACAUCCACGAGCCCAUGUAGGCAAAAGACUUUAUGGAUGUGAAGAGGUCUGCAGUAACUUUAGUCAGAGUUUAGGUGUUCACUUUCGACAUAGAGCCCAUAUGGGGGAUGUACCUUUUAUCUGUCAAGUGUGUGGUGAGAGCUUCGGUCAGAUCUCUAAUCUCCACAAUCAUCAAAGAGUUCACACAGAAGAGAAAAUCUAUAAAUUUGAGUGUGGUAAGGACCUCAGUAGAAAUCCAUUACUUAACAUUCACCAGAAACUUCAUACAGAAGAAAAACCUUUUAAAUGCAAUGAAUGUGGUAAGAGUUUUAGUCGGAGUUCAGUGCUUCAUGUUCAUCAGAGAGUUCACACAGGAGAGAAGCCAUUUAAGUGUGAUGAGUGUGGGAAGGGCUUCAGUCAGAGCUCAAAUCUUCGAAUCCAUCAGUUAGUCCAUACAGGAGAAAAGUCUUAUAAAUGUGAUAACUGUGGCAAGGGCUUUACCCAGCGCUCCAAUCUUCAGAUUCAUCAGAGAGUGCAUACAGGAGAAAAGCCUUACAAAUGUGACAACUGUGGGAAGGACUUCAGUCAUAGCUCAGAUCUUCGUAUUCAUCAGAGGGUUCAUACAGGCGAGAAACCCUACACUUGCCAUGAAUGUGGGAAAGGCUUCAGCAAGAGUUCAAAGCUGCUUACUCACCAAAGAGUGCAUACUGGAGAGAAACCCUAUAAAUGUGAGCAGUGUGGUAAGGGAUUCAGUCAACGUUCACAUCUUCUCAUUCAUCAGAGAGUUCAUACAGGAGAAAAACCCUAUAAGUGUGAUAACUGUGGAAAAGACUUUAGCCACAGCUCUAAUCUUCACAUUCACCAGAGGGUCCACACAGGAGAGAAGCCGUAUCAAUGUGCAGUCUGUAGUAGAGGUUUCAGUCAUAGUUCAGCUCUUCGGAUUCAUCAGAGAGUCCAUUCAGGAGAGAAACCUCGUAAAUGCCAUGAGUAUUAUAAAGGAUUUGAUCAGUAUUCACAAUUUCACAAUAAUUUCUGA